CUCCCAGCCUGGUUCAAGCUGCUGGGAGUAGCUUAGUAGCGAUCGUGAGGCUUACCGCUCCGCUCAUAUCUUCCGCCUCGCGCGCGGAAAUCGCUCGUGCGACGGCCAGUAAGUUUAGCCUCGUGCUGUCGCGUGGGAGCGGCGCGCGGUAGGGAGUGCGAUGAAGAAGGGAAUCCACCCCGCGCUGCAGUGGCUGAGCCUCGUGACCCCGCAGGGCCGCCUCGUGCGCGUGCUGUCCGCGCAGGUGUUCAAAUCCGACCGGCCGUUCUACAUCCGCGACCCGGGCAAGAAGGCCGAGACGGAGGGCCAGAUCGCGAAAUUUAACAAGCGGUACAACAUCAGCGCGCAGGCGAAGGAGACCAAGGAGGCGUCAAAGGAGGCGAAGGAGUAGAGCUGGCGCAGUUACGCAGCCGGCAGGCGGAUGGCAGCCGCCACGUCAGCAUGUGGCAGACCGACGUCAGCGCGUGGCGCGCUGCCAGCGAUUCUACCGCCUGUGGCUGCGAGGGGGGAACUGGC